AUGGUGUGCAACCCACUGGACAAAGAGCUUUGGCUGCCACAUCCUGUGGCAAGCCUGGCCUUGAAGCUCCUCCUGAUCAUUGCAAUUCUGCUGUUCCAGAAGUCCACAGUAAGUGAACAACUUAAGAGAUGCUGGGGUGAAUAUAUACGAGGAUAUUGCAGGAAAAUAUGCAAACUAAGUGAAAUACGUGAAGUACUAUGUGAGAAUGGGAGAUACUGUUGCCUCAAUAUCGUGGAAUUGGAAGCACAUAAAAAAAUUACAAAGCCACCUCGUCCAAAGCCAAGGACAUAUACAGUGACUUUCCCUCAAGAUUAUGAUAUAAACAUAGAAAAUUAUUCAAGACCCAAGGCAAACUCUACAUGAAUCAAGUACAAUUUUCUGUUCCUUUACUUCUCAACCUAUUCUAAUAAAGUAAGCUGAAGAGG